AUGGCACGCUCAAAGUCGUUGAAGGUGGUUAUAAAGCUUGAGGCUGCGGUAAAACUGCGCAAAGAUGGCCACGAUGUUAUCAUUGUAUCGUCUGGUGCAGUAGGCGUUGGUAUGCGACGGAUGGACGUUGCUGAGAGGCCAAAGCAUCUUCCUUCUAUCCAGGCUUUAGCGGCUGUCGGUCAAUGCCAGCUCAUGAGUACCUGGGACAGUUUGUUCAGCCAUUUACGCCAGCCAAUUGCCCAGAUUCUUAUCACCAGGAACGAUAUUGUAGAUCGGACUCAAUAUAUCAAUGCGCAAAAUACGCUUGCACAGCUCCUAAGCAUGGGGGUCAUCCCGAUCGUCAACGAAAAUGACACUCUGACUGUUUCGGAAAUUAAAUUUGGCGACAACGAUACACUCUCCGCCAUUACUGCAGCGAUGAUUGAGGCAGAUUACCUUUUCCUCAUGACUGACGUUGACGGACUGUACACCGCCAACCCCCGAACAAAUCCUGAUGCUCAGGUUAUCGACAUCGUCCCGGACAUAUCGAGCCUCGAAGCCGACGUGUCAAGUGCCGGGUCGUCUCUAGGUACCGGCGGGAUGGGCUCGAAAAUCGUGGCGGCAAGGUUGGCCACAAGUGCCGGUGUUACCACUGUGAUCACCCGUAGCUCCCGGCCAGGAACCAUCGAAGAUAUCAUCGAGCAUCACUCUUCCAACGACGCCAUCUCAUCCGACAGCGCACUGGGUGUGGAAGACACAAAACCUGACCCGCCGUUGCACACCUGUUUUCUGCCUUCAGACUCUCCAGUGCAUUCUAGGUCCUUUUGGCUUCUACAUGGACUCAAGCCUCACGGAAGCGUGUAUAUUGCCGAAGAGGCGUACGACAUCGUUCGUGAAACAGGCUGCCUUCUUCCUUCCAGCGUGAUAGCAGUAGAAGGGAAGUUUGGGUACAUGGAAGCCGUCAAGCUUAUGGUUGCUCCGCGUCCGUCACAGGCCGAUCUAAACGACGACUAUCCCAUGACCUGCAGUACUCCCAAGGUAGCCAGAGAAGUAGGCAGAGCCCUUAUCAAUUACGGAAGUGCAGAGCUUUCCCGUAUCAAAGGGUUGAGGAGUACCCAGAUCCACUCUGUGCUAGGAUACUCUGGCAGCGAGCAUGCUGUGUCACGAGAGAACAUGGCUUUCUUCGAAAUGCCGAGUCGAUGCAUAACCCCAACGAGUCUUCCUUCACCAAUAUCCGAGAUGAAUAAUGAUAAAAACCCCCUUAGUGAUAUCCCCGCUGCUUCCGCCAAUCAGUAA